CCAAUCCAGAGGCCCGACUUCUUGUUAGUGUGUGACAGUUAUCCCUGUAUAUCAAAACCAGUAUGUUACAUUUGUGCUUUUACUCCCUUUUCUCAUAAAAAAAAUAUCAAUUUUUCAAAAAAGUACAUUUUUUUUAAUUUUCAAAAAAACUAUUUUCCAAAAAAUAAAAAUGUGCCACAUUAUAGUGCAUUGAAAAUAAUUCCACGGCAGUGAGAGAAGCAGCAGCAAACAGCAGACGAUGGCAACGAGUGUAAGGCGCGAGCGCGCCAGUUUAUCAUAAUCCAACUCAGCUGAAUUCAGUUCAGUUUUGGCCACACGAAAACCGGCCUCAUGCAACUUUUUUAUUUCAUUUUUUUUCCUCUAAUUUCCCGUGAAUAGAACACAUUUUUUACUUUUCUUUUAAUUUCGAAAUAUUUGUGAUUUUUUUGUUUUAUUUUGAAAGUUCUUUAUUUAAAAGUGUUAUUAUACUACAAUUGAAAGGGGGGGAAAAAAACAGGUAGAAAAUGGAUAACAAUAUUACUUCUCAUUAUUUGAAUGCCCGGUAGAUUUUAAUUUUUCGGGAAAAAAAAGGGGAAGCAGGCUGCAAAAAAGUGUGUGUAAUUGUGUGAGUGCGUGUGCGCGUCUGUUAUGUGGCUCUGAGGGUUUCGAGUGUGUGCGCCUAUGUGAAGAGGGAUAGAGGCAAAUAAAAAAAAGGAGGUCUUUUCCUGAUUCGAAAUCGAAAGAAAAAGGAGAGGAAAAAAAAGCAGGGUCUUAAAUGUUACACUCGCUGUGGUAUAUUUGUUUCCUUCAGCCUGUUGUUUCGUCUUGUGGAAAAGAGAGUAUUUAAUGAGGAUUCCACCUCUUUUUUGCCGGGAAAAGAAAAAGGAAUGCCGCUGUGACACGCUCAAGAUAAACGGAGACCCAAAGCAGUUUGGGGGGGCCUAAAAUACUGCACAUACAAGCCAAAUAUUGAUGUCAGCAAGAAUCCUACAAAGUUUUAGGACAACACAACAAAAUACUUUUGAGAAAAUUUUGUUCACAAGUGAAGGUGACAUGUAUACACCUACAUCCGGACAAUUGUUCCUCCUGUCGAAACAUAUCCAUCCCAGUUGAAAAAUUGUUAAAACAAUUGUUUUUAAAACUUUCGGAAAUCGUCAUCAAUAUAAUGCUUCCCAUGAGGAAGUAAUAUCAAGUUCUCUAGCAUUGAAAAAAUGCCCCGAGUUCGAAGACAUGUGGCCCUGGAUGAUCCUUCUAGACCUGUCACACCUGACAUGGUACAAACAAAAUUAGUAAAAUCGGAAUUUAUUGAUGAUGAAUCGCUGGGUGAGGUUCAAUCGCAAAAAUUGGCCGAAGAAACGCCAAGUCCACAUCUACAAGAUCAUCAAUAUGGACAAACGCCUUGUUAUCAAAUGACAAGAAGGCCUGCACAGCCACCUCCUCGAACGGAGAUGUCAGUACAAGCUGUUAAACGAAGACUUAAUUUAGAAAUGGCAACCACAACUCCCAAUCACUCUGCAUUUAAAACUCCUCGGGGUAAACGCAGGCGAACUGGUUCUAACUCAUUAGGAGCACACACACCAACUAAAAGUAAAACUAUAGAGAGGACACGAUACGACACAUCACUAAGUUUACUUACCAAAAAAUUUAUAAAUCUAGUUGAGAACAGUCCAGACGGUGUUGUUGAUUUAAAUAUUGCCUCCGAGAAGCUGGAAGUUCAAAAGCGGCGUAUAUAUGACAUUACAAAUGUAUUAGAGGGUAUAGGAAUUUUAGAGAAAAAAAGUAAAAACAAUAUUCAAUGGAAAGGUGGACAGCUGCCCGGGGAAAAGAACGACGUAAUGGAUUUAAGGAGAGAAAUUGAAGAUCUAGAAGCGAAAGAAAACGCUCUGGAUCGAUUAAUAGACGGAGCGGAGAAAACCCUUAGAGAAUUGGGUGUUGAGAAGCAGUUUGCUUAUGUGACGUAUCACGACUUGAGAUCCGUAACCGCGUAUAAGGAUCAAGCAAUCAUGGCCGUCAAAGCACCUCCAGAAGCGACUCUUCAUGUUCCACAACCAAUUCCCAACUACGGACCACCCAAGCUUCAAAUACACAUGCGAUCCACGCAAGGUGAAAUUGAAGUGUUCUUGUGUCCCGACGAACCAGUACCUAAACCACCUGUGGUCUAUCAUUCACCUACAAAUCAGGCGACAACGUCAACGGCUAAAACAAGGACCUCGUCACAAUUUCCUGUUUCAAAUUUGUCACAUUAUUCGACAAGUUUGUUAGCCAAUAACGGAGAUAUUAAGAGUGAACCACAACUCCUCUCGCCAGGGCAUAUUAAACGUGAAAGCAAUUUAACACCUCCUUCCUCUUCUGCUGGCAUGAGAGAUGCUCUUCUUGGCGAGUUAAACGAAUUCAACCUUGUGCCACGAAAAGUAUAUAACCUCCAAUCAGAGGACCAGAAUCAACCUUUAGAUAUGAACUUACUCGAUUUUGGUGAUCCCUUAUUACCACUGGAGGCACCGUUUGAAUAUCCAUUUACGUUAGGCACAGAAGAAGGUCUCUCGGAUCUCUUUGAUUUUGAGUUAUAAACAUAUUGCAGGAACAAUAAAAAUACGUUUAAUUUCCUUCGAGUUCAUAUCCAGGGAAUUUGACGCGCUAUAAACACUUGUAAACAACAACGAUUUUGUACUUACCUCUAAAAAACACUGGAAACAGUUUCUAUUCCGUCUCUCUCUCUCUCUCUUUCUCUCUCUCGCCCUCUCUUUCUAUAAUUACGUCCAAUAAUUAAUUUAGAAGUAUAUUAAAUUUUUUUUCGAUAAUUUAUAUUUUUAAACUAUAAAUGAAUUUUAAAUUGGAAAUUUUUAUUGAAGAAAACAUUAAAAAUACCCCAAAAAAAAUAGGUUAAUGAAUUUAAAAUUUAAAUGUCUUUGUUAUGUUCUAAAAAGAAAGUUUAUAUGAUAAAAAUUUAGCUGUGAAAUGAAUAGGAAUUGAAAUUUGGAAGAUUGAUGUUUUUUUUUGGAAAAGGAAGAAAAAACUGAAGGAAAGUGUUUUGUAAAGUAAAAGUGUUUUGUUUUAAAACUUAAAUAUUUUUAAAUUUAUAUUAUUAAAUUAAUAAUCUUCGAUUACUUUAAUUUUUAAUUGAAGAUUAAGCAUAAUUGUUUUUAUCCUAGUACAAUAGUUAAUAAAAAAAGAAAAAGACGUAAUUUUGUUGGGAAUAGUUAUUGUUUCUUGGUAAUAAAAUAUUUUGCAUGACAUAUCAAAAUGAUGUUGAUAUGCAACUGGCGCUCGAAUCCUCUAGGAUUUUCUCGUAGCGAACGUUAAGGUUUUUUUUUUCACGGUGCAAUUUAUUGUAAUUUCUUUUUUUUUAUAAUUAACGUUCGCAAUUAAAUUUGUCAUCGCGUCUCAGUAACUAAAAAAAAACACACACUACCAUAUAAUGGAAAAAAAUCGAAUAAUUAAAAUCAUCAGACGGAGUCUGAUUUUUUUUUCUUUAUAAUGUUAAAUACAUGACGAAAUUAUGUAUCAAUUUCUAUUGGAAAAAUAGAAGCAACUAGAAUGAUUCGAUGAGAUUUAAACAUUCUAUUAUGAUUAAUUGAUUGUAAAUAUAUAUUAAAAAGUGGAGAAAAAAUUGAGAAAAAUUUUGCAAAUUUUCGCUCUGCAGUAACAUUUAAGCAUAAAUAGAAUUUUUUUAAAAAAAUAAAUAUACAGUCUUGGUGCACAAUA